CAUUUGGUUUCCAGGCUUUGCCGGGAAAUACUCGCGCUGUGCAGCCGUAUGGCCGCAGGCAGGGCCCUCCCACAUAAAUCAGAACAGCAGGAAGAGACGCUCCUGCAGCUGAUUGGCUCCGCGCUGCGCUCCAAUCACUGGGCUGUAGUGAUUCCUCUCACACAGACCGGAGCGGGCGGCUUGUAAAGUUGCGGUUUAGUUAAAUGACACACAGAGAAAACACCAACAGGUUUUCAGCACAGGUUGGAUUUACUUCUCCAUUUGAGUGCCUGAAGAAGACGAAGGAAAGGAAUAAGAAACAAUUUGGAUUAACUCAACCAGACUGCUGCUUAUAAAUGGACUCUGUGGGAUUGAGACGACAGUUUUUAACGAGAAAAGGACAAAUCUCUUCUUAUUAAUAUGAUUACUGUGUUUAUUUGAAACGCCACCAGCUUUAAUAAAUUGAGUGAGGAUGACCGCCCUCAUGAGGAAGGUGCAGCAGGUGCUGUGCGUACUGCUGCCGUGUGCUCUCCAGCUCUGUAGCGCACAGACACAAGAAGUGGUCGUUUGCUCUGGCACCCAGAACGCCUUGAGCACAACAGGUAAUCCAGAGAUCCAGUACAACCUGAUGAAGGACAUGUACAGUGGCUGUGAGAUUGUGAUGGGCAACCUUGAGAUUACCAUGAUGGGGCACAGCAGAAACUUCUCUUUCCUGCAGUCUAUCAGAGAGGUGACGGGCUACAUCCUGUUCGCCAUCAACGAGUUCAACCGCCUUCCUCUGGACCACCUGCGUGUCAUCAGAGGCACCGCACUGUACGAGGACCAGUACGCUCUGGCUGUGAUGAUCAACUAUCAGAAGGAUGGGCAGUAUGGCCUGCAAGAACUGGGCCUGACACACCUUACAGAGAUACUGGAGGGAGGAGUCAAGAUCAUCCAGAAUAAGUACCUGAGCUACGCCCCGCAGGUGAACUGGCUGGACAUAGUGAAGGAUGGAUCAGCUCAUAUUAUGAUUGAGGACAACGGACCUGAAAAGCCUUGUAACGAAGCAUGUGGAAACGUCCCAUGUUGGGGUCCAGGAAAUGACACGUGUCAAAUCUUGACAAAGACUGUGUGUGCCCCUCAGUGCAACGGCCGGUGUUUCGGUCGAAACCCAAGUGAGUGUUGCCACAUUGAGUGUGCUGGUGGCUGCACUGGACCCCUGGACACGGACUGCUUUGCCUGCAGGAACUUCAACAACUCGGGCUCUUGCGUACCUCUGUGUCCCCAGACCCUCAUCUACAACAAGCACACAUUCAAACUGGAACCCAACCCCAAUGCCAAGUACCAGUAUGGGUCCAUCUGUGUGGCACAGUGCCCCACAAACUUUGUGGUGGAUGGCAGCUCAUGUGUGAGCAGUUGCCCAUCUGACAAAAUGGAAGUGGAGAAAAAUGGAGUGAAAAGAUGUGAACCCUGUGGAGGCCUCUGUCCAAAAGCUUGCCACGGCACAGGAAGUCCAACAAGACAAACUGUUGAUGCAGUCAACAUUGACAGUUUCAUAAACUGCACUAAGAUCCAGGGCAGUCUGCACUUCCUGGUGACUGGGAUCGAAGGUGAUGUUUAUAAUGACGUACCACCCCUCAAUCCUGAAAAACUCAAGAUCUUCAACACCGUGAGGGAGAUUACAGACAUCCUCAGUAUCCAGUCGUGGCCUGAAAACAUGUCUGACCUGUCAGUCUUCUCCAACCUGCAAACAAUUCAGGGCAGAGCACUUUACAAAGGAGUGAGCUCUAAAAGGGGCUACUCUCUUAUGGUGGUGAGGAUCCCCUCCUUGACCUCCCUGGGGUUACGCUCGCUGCGGAAAAUGAAUGACGGCGGUGUCUACAUAACGGGAAACAAGAAGCUCUGCUACCAUGACACUGUCAACUGGACUCGUAUCUUGAGCAGCAGCUCCCGCCCGCAGCGACGCCAGAAACACAUUGAUUUGAAGGAGAACAAACCAAGAAAUGACUGUGUUAAUGAAGGACAUGUGUGUGAUCCCCUGUGCUCCACUGAUGGAUGCUGGGGUCCAGGGCCAAACCAGUGUGUGUCCUGUAAGAAAUAUAACAGGGGAGGAACUUGCGUGCCAGACUGCAUGUUCUUAACUGGGGAGCGGCGGGAGUUUGCUACUGAGUCAGGGGAAUGUAUGCCAUGUCACCCUGAGUGUAAGGUCCAGGAAGGGAAGCAGACCUGCACAGGCCCGGGAGCAGAUCAGUGUGUAGCGUGUGCCAGCCUGCAGGAUGGUCCACACUGUGUCUCUUCCUGUCCUGAGGGUGUGAUGGGAGGGGAGGAAGUCAUCUUUAAGUACCCCAACAAGCAAGGCCGCUGUGAACCAUGCCACAUCAACUGUACCCAAGGGUGCUACGGUCCCAGAAUUCGAGACUGUGUUGGGUCGCCUCGGUACAUUUCGGGACAAACGACCACAGCCAUUGUACUGGGAGUGAUUGCCCUUCUCUUCGCUUCAUUCUCUAUUUUCGUGCUGACUGUUCUGUACCGUCGAGGUCUUGCCAUUCGUCGCAAGCGAGCUAUGAGGAGGUACAUGGAGAGCGGAGAGACCUUUGAACCUCUGGAUCCUGGAGAGAAAGGGGCAAAAGUUCAUGCUCGGAUCUUGAAGCCCACAGAGCUGCGUAAGAUCAAGUUGCUGGGUAAUGGAGUGUUUGGAUCAGUCCAUAAGGGCAUAUGGAUACCAGAGGGUGAUACAGUGAAGCUUCCUGUGGCUAUAAAGGUGAUUCAGGAUCGUUCUGGGAGGCAGAACUUCAGUGAGCUGACAGAUCACAUGAUGAUGAUGGGAAGCUUGGACCAUGCAAACGUUGUCAGGAUCCUUGGCAUCUGUCCGGGAGACAGCCUGCAGCUCGUCACCCAGCUCAGCAGUCAGGGCUCCCUGCUGGAGCACAUCAGGAACUGCAAGAACAAACUCAGCCCCCAGAGGCUCCUCAACUGGUGUGUUCAAAUCGCAAAGGGUAUGUAUUACCUGGAGGAGAACAAGAUGGUCCACAGGAACCUGGCCGCCAGAAAUGUACUCCUAAAGAAUAACUACAUAGCCCAGAUCACAGACUACGGCAUUACAGACCUGCUUUACCCUGAUGACAAGAAGUACUUUUACAAUGAGGGCAAGGCGACAAUCAAAUGGAUGGCCUUAGAGAGCAUCUUGUUUCGCAGAUACACGCAUCAGAGUGAUGUCUGGAGUUAUGGUGUGACCGUAUGGGAGAUGAUGUCCUAUGGAGCAGAGCCAUAUGCUACGAUGCGUGCACAGGAAGUUCCUGAUCUGCUGGAAAAGGGCGAGCGCCUGUCUCAGCCUCAGAUUUGUACCAUUGAUGUCUAUAUGGUCAUGGUCAAAUGCUGGAUGAUCGAUGAGAAUAUCCGUCCCACAUUUAAAGAGCUGGCAAAUGAAUUUACCAGAAUGGCUAGAGACCCACCUCGCUACCUGGUGAUCAAAGAGGACUGUAGCCAGCAGGACACAGCCCCAGAUGAGAUUGCCCAGCGCAGUGCAGACCUAGAUGACCUGGAUGAUAUAGACACAAAGCUGGUAGAGCAGGAGGAUGAUGGCAUAACUCCAGCCCCUCGCUACUUAUCUCAGUCCAGGAGUCUCAGUCGCCUGUCAAAGAUGGACACUCACAGAGUGGUUCUGGCUUCAUCAAACGUGGCUGGAUACCUGCCAAUGACCCCAGGUGUUGACAACUCAGUACAGGCCACGUGGCAGUCGCGCUCUCGACUAAACUCGGCACGCACAGUGUCUGAGAGCUCGGAGGGCUGCGGCACGGCAGUGGAGCUGGAGAUGUGCGAGGAAUUUUCUCUGGCAGGGAGCCUGAAGAGGCGACGUCAUCGUGAGGACAGCGCUUACAUGUCACAGAGGGACAGCAUGUCCGGUGGGCCACCAGAGACUCCAUCACCAGAGAUAGAGGAAGAGGACCAGAACGGAUACGUGCUUCCUGGAGACAGCCCAGAGAGAGAUACCCUACUUUCCACAUCUCGAGCCACUUCGGGCAGGAUCAGAAAGUCUCGUUCCAUUGGCCUGCUGGAUGAUGCAGAAAAUGAAGAGUAUGAAUACAUGAACAAGCAGACGUGUGUAACACCCGUCUCACCUCCCAGGCACAACAAUCACUGGCUGAAGUCGAACAAGAAGCGCACCUCCUCUGUAUCAUCACACACAACAGCGUGUUCAGGUGACACCACUCCAUCGGUGGAGGUCAGGGGAAGUCACACAAGGAGCAAUCACAACUCUGAUUCAGAGCAGCAGGGAUCUAAUCAAGUCCAAUAUGAAUACAUGGACAUCAGGGGCAGUGAGAAAGACGAAAGCCCUACAGCACAUAACUUCCCUCCUCCUCCACCUCUGACACCAGAAAGGAUUGACAGAAGGUUGGAUGAGGAGGGCAAGGAGGAAGAAGAGGAAGAUGAAUAUGUGGAGGACAGUAACUAUCAUUACACAAACAGACAGCCGAAGCUGCGACAAGCUCUUCAAGACAGGAAGGAGCUGAAGAUUCAGGGGGGGGACGAGGGCGAGGUGUAUGAGUACGAGGACAUGGACUGCUUUGCUAUUGGGAGGCAUGGAGAUGUAGUAGUGUACCAGAAUGUGCAGACGGAAGGGGCGCGAGCAGGAGGGAGCACGGAGGCACAUCGAUCUGGGUUUGAACCCUAUGUAAAAGUGCGAGCAGGAGUCGGGGUCGGGGAACCAGCAGCUGGUGACAGAUCUUUUGACAAUCCAGACUACUGGCACAGUAGGAUGUUUUUGAAGCCCAAAGCAGUGCCUACAUGAAGAUAAAUGUUUUAUAUCUCAUGAACUUUCCUCUGGGACAUAUUCAUGAAGGAAAAAGGGAAAUGCAGUCCAAAGCCCUGGCAAUAAUGUAGCCUAUGACACAAUCUCAAAAACCCAGCAUGUGUGACUUUCGUUGUUAUUGUUACAGGAUGACGUUAUAUGUCUUGUAUUUAGGCCUGUGAUUUGGGGGCAUUUCCAGACAUAACAGCUCUGAGCGUUGAAAAUACAAACAGAUAUGAACAGAGUGCAAGCUAUAUAUUUUUCUGUUUACAUUUUUAAAUGAACAAAGUUUGUAUUUGAGACCAAAUUCAUUUGUUUGUAUUUGUUGAUGUUGAUUUUUUGAGAUCUCUUUUAAUGGUGAUAUAUGAAAUACAUUUUCUACUUAAUAAAAAUAUUUUGAAACAC